UGAGGCGUUGGUUCUCUUUACUUUUCCACUUCAGGCCACGAUGCCGCAGUACCAGACCUGGGAGGAGUUCAGCCGCGCUGCCGAAAAACUUUACCUCGCUGAUCCUAUGAAGAGUUCAGGGCGACUGUGACCCUGAAGCACCAGUGACCGAGGGCACCUGCUGCUGCCGCCAGGAGAUGUACAUUGACCUGCAGGGGAUAAAGUGGGCUGAAAACUGGGUACUGGAGCCCCCGGGGUUCCUGGCUUAUGAGUGUGUGGGCACCUGCCAGCAGCCCCCGGAGGCCCUGGCCUUCAAGUGGCCGUUUCUGGGGCCUGGACAGUGCAUCGCCUGGGAGACUGCCUUGCUGCCCAUGAGAUUCACUGACAAAGUUACGGGAUCAAACUGCUGUACAAGCUGCUAAACGCUUCUCUCCAUUUCUGUCAUCGGGGCCGCGGACCGCCCUUUGAGUAGCCUGUUUUAUCCCCUGCGGAGGUGGAGCCCUGAGGAGGUGUAGAGACUUUCCCGGAUCUCUCAGGUAACGGGCGGGGAAGUGCGGAACCCAGGUCCUCCGGGCCGGGGAACGCCCCGCUCGGAGGCCGGGCUUGGGCGGAGACUGCGCCGGGGCGGCUGGAGACUAGCCGAGGGGAGCCGGGGAGUCGGAGAGACCGCGCGCCUGCAGCCGCCGGACCCUGCGAGCCGAGACCGAGCCAUGUGGCUAGAAAUCCUCCUGACUUCAGUGCUGGGCUUUGCCAUCUACUGGUUCAUCUCCCGGGACAAAGAGGAAACUUUGCCACUUGAAGAUGGGUGGUGGGGCCCAGGCACGAGGCCCACAGGCAGGGAAGACGAGAGCAUCCACCCUUUCAAGGUGGAAACGUCAGAUGAGGAGAUCCACGACUUACACCAGAGGAUCGAUAAGUUCCGUUUCACCCCACCUUUGGAGGACAGCUGCUUCCACUAUGGCUUCAACUCCAACUACCUGAAGAAAGUCAUCUCCUACUGGCGGAAUGAAUUCAACUGGAAGAAGCAGGUGGAGAUUCUCAAUAGAUACCCUCACUUCAAGACUAAGAUUGAAGGGCUGGACAUCCACUUCAUCCAUGUGAAGCCCCCCCAGCUGCCCGCAGGCCGUACCCCGAAGCCCUUGCUGAUGGUGCAUGGCUGGCCUGGCUCUUUCUACGAGUUUUAUAAGAUCAUCCCACUCCUGACUGACCCCAAGAACCAUGGCCUGAGUGAUGAGCACGUUUUUGAAGUCAUCUGCCCUUCCAUCCCUGGCUAUGGCUUUUCAGAGGCAUCCUCCAAGAAGGGGUUCAACUCGGUGGCCACCGCCAGGAUCUUCUACAAGCUGAUGCUGCGGCUGGGCUUCCAGGAAUUCUACAUUCAAGGAGGGGACUGGGGGGCCCUGAUCUGCACCAAUAUGGCCCAGCUGGUGCCCAGCCACGUGAAAGGCCUGCACUUGAACAUGGCUUUGGUUUUAAGCAACUUCUCUACCCUGACCCUUCUCCUGGGACGGCGUUUCGGGAGGUUUCUUGGCUACACUGAGAGAGAUGUGGAGCUGCUGUACCCUGUCAAGGAGAAGGUCUUCUACAGCCUGAUGAGGGAGAGCGGCUACAUGCACAUCCAGUGCACCAAGCCCGACACCGUGGGCUCUGCUCUGAAUGACUCUCCUGUGGGUCUGGCUGCCUAUAUUCUAGAGAAGUUUUCCACCUGGACCAAUACGGAAUUCCGAUACCUGGAGGAUGGAGGCCUGGAAAGGAAGUUCUCCCUGGAUGACCUGCUGACCAACGUCAUGCUCUACUGGACAACAGCAACCAUUGUCUCCUCCCAGCGCUUCUACAAGGAGAACCUGGGACAGGGCUGGAUGACCCAGAAGCAUGAGCGGAUGAAGGUCUACGUGCCCACUGGCUUCUCUGCCUUCCCUUCUGAGCUAAUACACACGCCUGAAAAGUGGGUGAGGUUCAAGUACCCGAAGCUCAUCUCCUAUUCCUACAUGGCUCGUGGGGGCCACUUUGCAGCCUUUGAGGAACCAGAGCUGCUCGCCCGGGACAUCCGCAAGUUCCUGUCAGUGCUGGAGCAGCAGUGACCACCCCACACCGCCCCCUGCCUCCCUCCACAAGUGCCCUCCAGGCUUUUCUUUGGGAAGAUACCCCUUUUCUGAGGAAUGAGUUUGCCUCCGUCCCCUGCCCAUGCUGGGAGCCCACACUUACCCCCUCACCCCUCCAAGCUCACUCCCCAAUCCCCAACUCUGUGCGAUAAGCAAUAUGGCCUUGAUGAUAAAUGACUUUACUUCUAA